GCCGAAGCCAGGGAGCGAGCGAGCCGAAGUUGGGAGCCGCUCAGUGACUCCCGGCGGCCGGAGCGGAGGGUCGCCCAGGCGGGAGCGCUGGCAGGGGCGGGCAGGGGAGGCCGGCCGGAGCAAGGAGCGGGCAGCGCGUCGGAGGAAAAAGAAGAAGAGGAGGGGGAGGAGGAGGAGGCGAGGCGUCUUGCCCCUCCGUCACCGGGGCGCCUUCGCCCUCGGCCGCCGCCGCCGCCGGGCUCUCUCGGACCAUGCCGAUCCUCCUUUUCCUCAUAGACACGUCCGCCUCCAUGAACCAGCGGGCGUAUCUGGGCACCAGCUACCUGGACGUGGCCAAGGGCGCCGUCGAGCUCUUCAUGAAGCUGAGGGCCCGAGACCCGGCCAGCCGCGGCGACAGGUACAUGCUGGUCACCUUCGACGAGGCGCCUUAUUGCAUCAAGGCUGGCUGGAAGGAAAAACCAUACUUCAUGAACGAACUGAAAAACCUCCAGGCAUCAGGAUUGACCACUCUCGGCCAGGCUCUGCGAUCAUCCUUUGACCUGCUGAACCUCAACAGAUUAGUCUCUGAAGACAACUAUGGUCAGGGGAGGAAUCCCUUUUUUUUAGAGCCGUCGAUUUUAAUUACCAUCACAGGGAACAAGCUGACAAAUACUUCUUCUGUUCAAGAGGAGCUCCAUCUGCCUCUGAAUUCUCCCCUGCGUAGCGAGCUAACCAAAGAACCGUUUCGCUGGGAUCAACGGCUGUUUGCCCUGGUGCUGCGCUUGCCGGCCCCAUCAGUGGAACCCGAGCAGCUAGGGAGCGUCCCCACAGAUGAUGCCAUCACACAGAUGUGUGAAGUCAUGGCAGGGCGCUCGUAUUGUGUCCGGACCCAGCGCAUGUUGAACCAAUGCUUAGAAUCCCUUGCUCAGAAGGUUCAGAGUGGUGUGGUCAUUAAUUUUGAAAAAUCGGGACCAGAUCCGCCUCACAUUGGGGAAGAUGGACUGGUUGACGCCACAAGGCCCGUCAAUUCCUUCGGUUCUCAGUCAUGGCACAGCUGUCAUAAACUCAUCUAUGUGCGUCCCAACCCUAAAACGGGCGUGCCUGUUGGCCAUUGGCCAAUCCCCGAAUCAUUUUGGCCUGAUCAGAAUUCACCAACGCUGCCCCCUCGCACAGCUCAUCCGGUGGUGAGGUUCUCCUGCGUGGAUUGCGAGCCCAUGGUGAUCGAUAAGCUGCCAUUUGACAAGUACGAACUGGAACCGUCACCUUUAACGCAAUACAUCCUGGAACGGAAGCUGUCUCAUGUCUUUGUGAGCAGCAGCGCGAAAUACAGCGAGCUCGGACACCCCUUUGGAUAUUUAAAGGCCAGCACCAGCCUGACCUGUGUCAAUCUCUAUGUGAUGCCUUACAACUACCCCGUGCUGCUCCCUCUGCUCGAUGACCUUUUCAAGUUCCACAAACUUAAGCCAAAUCUGAAGUGGCGACAGGCAUUGGAGAGCUACAUAAAAUCCAUGCCUCCUUACUACUUAGUGGUAUGUAGUUUUGUCCUUUCUAUGGCCCAAAAGAAACCGCUGACGGGAUGCUCCCCCCGCGAGAACAUCCUUUCGCAUGUCUUCUGA